CAACACCAAACGCGCAGAAAAAGAUUCAAAAUAUUAGUUACAACUUUUUAAGGUGCAGUGUGGCAGCAUUGAUUUGCAACUACCAGAUCUGAUUAUAACUAACUAAAACAAGGUGUCAACUUUAUGUUAACAACUUUAGCUUGGCUGAACCACAACCGUAUACUCAACAAAUAAGUUAAAAAAAAAAACAAAUUGUUAAUAUGAAAUCCACAAUUUCGCUGCUGCUGGUUGUCAUCUGCACCGUCGUCCUGGCCGCCCAACAGAGCCAGGCCAAAAAAGGCUGUCAGGCCUAUGGGCACGUCUGUUACGGCGGACAUGGGAAGCGGUCCUUGAGUGCGGCGGGCACCAGGGCCGGCAGUGCUGCGUCUGCCAAUGCCGUUGGCCUGGACCAGGAGUUUGUGCGUCCAAAUGGUCUGCUGCCAAUGCUGGCAGCAAAUGAACAGGCGCCCGCUGUGCCCGAACCGGAGUUCGACGAUUAUCCGUCGCGUCAAGUGCUCUACAAGAUAAUGAAGUCGUGGUUUAACCGCCCGCAUCGACCAGUACCUCGCCUAGGUGAGCUGGAUUACCCGCUUUCGAGUUCCGGCGAAAGUUUUAACCGCGAAGUUGCGCUGAACGCGCUCAACUAAGCUCAAAAUCCAACUUGGCAUUAACUUCAGCAUCAAUUGAACCAAAUGAAUCACUUUCCCAAACUGCAACAACAACUUACACAGCAACAACAACAACAUUAUCAACUACUUAUUAAUGUUAAUUAAAAUUGUUUCAUAGGUGUCUACACAUAGAGCAAGAAAUUAUUGCUAAUUGCAUAAACUGUGAAAGUUGAAAAUUAACUGAAAUUUUUAAGGGCUGGUAAAAAUUUCGGUGUACAAAAAAAAUGAACAAAAACGUUUUCAAUAAAAUACAAGAAAAUGCUA